AGAGGGCAAGGUAGAGGUGUAAGAAUGCGUGGUGGUGGCAUUCCAAGGGCUGCAAGAACAGUAGUCAGUGAUGAAAUUCGUGCCACUAUCAUUGACCAUGUAAUCAACCACGGUCUCUCACUAAGAGAGGCUGGUGAAAGAGUCCAACCCAAUUUGAGUCGGUCAACGGUUGCCUCCAUUAUUCGCAUCUUUCAACAAACCAACAGAAUGCAACGUCUUCCACCCUCUGGGGGAAGAGGAAAGCUCCUCAAUAAUGAUCAAGAGCUUGCCAUUGUAGAAAUGGUUGUUGCAAAUAAUGCAAUUAAACUGCAUGAAAUCAAAACUAGAAUUGUGGAGGACCAUGAGAUAUUUGCCAAUAUAGAAAGCAUCAGCCUCACAACCAUUACGCGGACAUUGUCCAAACACCGAGUGCGGAUGAAGCAGCUCUACACUGUUCCCUUUGAAAGGAACAGUGAGAGAGUCAAGGAGCUACGACGACAAUAUGUCCAGAGAGUUAUGGAAUUGGAAGCCAACCAGGCCCCUCAUGAAUUCAUUUACAUCGAUGAGGCAGGAUUCAAUCUGUCCAAAAGGCGUCGACGUGGACGAAAUAUAAUUUGGAAAAGGGCCACAGUUGAUCCAUGGAUGCUGGAUGCAGGGAUAUCACAGUUCAAGAUUGCCAAGGGUGGAUCCGACAUACCAAGCGGUUUUAUCCCAGGUGCAUCGCCUUAG